AUGACCGGAGAGAAGUCGAUGCUGCCGUCCGCGGACGACGUCAUCGCGAACGCGGGCGCGUUCGGCCAGCAGCUCGGCUUGGGCGCGCUCGCGGGGUACGUCUCCGGAAGGUUCGCGCGCGCGGGCGCGACCGUCGGCCUCGCGCUCUGCGGAGGCGCGUUCGUCGCGCUGCAGACGCUGCAGUACGGCGGAUACGUUCGCGUGGACUGGCACAAGGUGGAGCGCGAGGCGAGGCGCGCGAUGGACGCGAACGGAGACGGCGCGCUGACCGCGGACGACGCGAAGCUCGCGUGGGGCGAGGUCGUGGACGUCCUCGCGUUCGGCGUCCCGAGCGGCGCGGGGUUCGGCCUCGGCCUCGCGCACGGCGUCGGGCUGCCGGGGGCGAACCUCUUGGCGGGCGGCGCGCUUUUCGCCGCCGCGCCGGCGCUGUGCGGCGCGCACCUGUUCCAAACCUCCGACGGAUUCCGCGAGACGUUAGAGAAGGCCGCGCCGAUGCUGUCGAGGGAGCUGACGCGGGCGGUGGACGCGGCGAAGACGCGCGCGGAGGCGGCGGCGGGCGACGCGAGGUGCGUUCUUCUUCACACCGGUCCCCGCGCGACCGCGUCGGCGCGGUGA